CGCUCCGCCGGCGCCAAUUUCAAACAGCGGAACAAACUGAAAGCCUCAGAGCGGGACCCCACCCCCGGCCCGGGACCCCCUCCCCACUUCCCGGGAUCCCGGGAUUCCCCGCCCCGCAGCCGGGGUCGCGGCCCGGCCUGCCGCUGGGAGCAGCGCGGGGCCGCCCGGAGCCGGCGUGUUCGGCGGUGCAAGCGAGGCCUCCACUCCGCCCUUUCCCAGGACCCUCCUCCGGGUUCCGGAGACCCCCGCAGCCUAGCCCUGGUCUGGAUGUGGAAAGGCAAGGGUAAUAGCCUGUGAAAUGAUGUCACCCCUUAGCGUUACCCUGGGCCUUGAGUAGAGCAGUUUCCCUCUGAUCUGAGGUCUUGUGAGCUGGAAGAUGAUUUCUUCAGUGGUGUGACAAUAACGGGUCCAUGCUUGUCAUUCUCAAUGGAGAGUGAAAGCACAGAUUCAUAAUGAAAACCAGCCCCCGUCGGCCAUUGAUUCUCAAAAGACGGAAGCUGCCCCUUCCCGUUCAGAAUGCCCCAGGUGACACAUCAGAAGAGGAGCCUAAGAGGCCCCCUGCCCAACAAGAGCCUGCUCAACCGCAGGCCUCCAAGGAGGUGGCAGAGUCCAACCCCUGCAAGUUUCCAGCCGGGAUCAAGAUCAUUAACCACCCGACCAUGCCCAACACCCAAGUGGUGGCCGUCCCCAAGAAUGCCAAUAUCCAGAGCAUCAUCACAGCACUGACUGCCAAAGGGAAGGAGAGUGGCAGCAGUGGGCCCCAUAAAUUCAUCCUCAUCAGCUGCGGGGGAGCCCCCACUCGCCCUCCAGGACCCCAGCCUCAAGCCCAAGCCAGCCAUGAUGCCAAGAGGACAGAAGUGAUCACCGAGACCCUGGGACCAAAGUCUGCCUCCAAGGACGUGAAUCUUCCUAGACCACCUGGAGCCCUUCCUGGGCAGAGAUGGGAGAACUGUGCUGGUGGCGAGGCAGCCGGCUGCACGCUAGACAACAGCUUGACCAACAUGCAGUGGCUUGGAAAGAUGACCUCCGAUGGGCUGGGCUCCUGCAGCAUCAAGCAAGAGGUGGAGGAAAAGGAGAAUCGUCACCUGGAGCAGAGUCAGGCUAAGAACGCUCAGGUUGAGGGGCCCCUGGGAGCAUCGGCAUCCUGGCCGGACUCCGUGUCUGAGCGGCCACCCUACUCUUACAUGGCCAUGAUACAAUUUGCCAUCAACAGUACGGAGAGGAAGCGCAUGACCCUGAAAGACAUCUACACUUGGAUCGAGGACCACUUCCCCUAUUUCAAGCACAUCGCCAAGCCAGGCUGGAAGAAUUCCAUCCGCCACAACCUCUCUCUCCACGACAUGUUUGUCCGCGAGACGUCUGCCAACGGCAAGGUCUCCUUCUGGACCAUUCACCCCAGUGCCAAUCGCUACUUGACACUGGACCAGGUGUUUAAGCCACUGGACCCAGGGUCUCCACAAUCGCCCGAGCACUUGGAAUCACAGCAGAAACGACCCAACCCUGAGCUCCGCCGGAACGUGGCCAUCAAAACUGAACUCCCCCAUGGCGCACGGCGGAAGAUGAAGCCUCUGCUGCCGCGCGUCAGCUCGUACCUGGUGCCCAUCCAGUUCCCAGUGAACCAGUCCCUGGUGCUGCAGCCCUCGGUCAAGGUGCCGUUGCCCCUGGCAGCCUCACUCAUGAGCUCAGAGCUCGCCCGCCACAGCAAGCGAGUCCGCAUCGCCCCCAAGCUUCUGGGUUUCCAGUCUUGGUUAAGAAGUUCACCCCCCCCCACCUCAGAUUGUACAUGUAGUCUCCUAGAUUCUCUUUCAGGAUUUGUGCUGCUCGCAGAUGAGGGGGUCGCCCCUCUGCCCACGGCAGGACCAGUGAAAGAGGAGAAGCUCCUCCUUGGAGAAGGGCUGUCUCCUCUGCUUCCAGUCCAGUCCAUCAAGGAGGAAGAAGUCCAGCCUGGGGAGGAAACGCCACACUUAGGGAGACCCAUCAAAGUCGAGAGCCCGCCCCUGGAAGAGUGGCCCUCGCCCUGCCCAUCUGUCAAGGAGGAAUCGUCGCCCCCCUGGGAGGAUUCGUCCCGCUCCCCCAUCCCCAGGCCCAAGAAGUCCUACAGCGGGCCCAAGUCCCCAGCCCGCUGCGUCUCUGACCUGCUUGUCAUCAAACGCAGGGAGAGGAGGGAGAUGAGCCGGUCUCGAAGGAAACAGCACCUCCUGCCCCCCUGUCUGGACGAGCCGGAGCUGCUCUUCUCCGAGGGCCCCGGGGCUUCCCGAGGAGCCACAGCAGGGCCCUCGCAGCCUGCCUCCCAGCUUGGCUCCUCCCACGAGGAGGGCGGGCCUUUCAAGACACCCAUCAAGGAGGUGCUGCCCAUCUCCUCCACCCCGAGCAAAUCUGCCCUCCCCGUGACCCCCGAACCCUGGAGGCUCACGCCCCCGGCCAAAGUGGGGGGGCUCGAUUUCAGCCCCGUACGAACCCCCCAGGGUGCCUUUGGGCCCCUGCCGGACUCGCUGGAGCUGGCGGAUCUCAGCACCACCCCGCUGAAAAGCGUCCCCCUCUUUGACUCCCCCCGAGAGCUCCUCAAUUCCGAGCCCUUUGACAUCACCGCUGACCCCUUCAGCGGCUGUCCCCCCUCAGAUAUGGAGGUCCCCAAGCCAGGCUCCUCUGAGCCGCAGGUUGCCGGCCUCUCGGCCAACCGUUCCUUAACAGAAGGCUUGGUCCUGGACACGAUGAAUGACAGCCUCAGCAAGAUACUGCUGGACAUCAGCUUCCCCGGCCUGGAGGAGGACCUGCUGGGCUCCGACGAUGCCAGCUGGGCUCAGUUCAUCCCCGAGCUGCGGUAGAGACGGGACCCACACUGCUCAAGCCGGCGGCUCUCUGGGCGCUCGUGGGGCUGGCCUUCCGAGCCCUCUGUGCCAGGACAGCAGGCGGGGGCCGUCUGCUCCUCCAGCCCCACCUGGCCUGGUGACGCCAAGGCAGGCGUCACGCCAGAGCCGCCACUGGGCCUUCUGCAAGCCGCGAGGUCCUGGUGACCAGUCUCCGUGCCACCCACUCCCCAAGAGAAUCUGAUUCCUCCCUCCCUACUAGGAGCUGUGGGUGGGAACAGCAAAAACAAGGGUGAAAAGAGAUGAGGAGCCCCCCUCCCCCGACUUUGCCUCUGUGCCCAGCCGGCCCCCACCUUCCCUGCUCCGGGCAGGGUGGCCCUUGUAAAUGUUCCUAAUUAUCCUCUAAUUAUAAAUGUAAACCUAUCUCCUUAGAUCAUUAUCUAGAGACUGCCAGAAGGAGGUUACGAUACCAGGAGGUUCAGUUCGCUCCUGUUACUUGCGUUUGGUUCCUGCAGUGGGGAGGGCUGCAGUGCACGGUUCCUUCCAGGGCCCUCCCUCGAGAGGUCCUCACUGUAGGGGCCCCGAUACGCAGGUCUGCCUGCCAGGAUCCCUCCUACUGCCCCUGCCUCCCACCUGCCCACGUUUCCAAGUCAGCUUUCCUGCAAGAAGAAAUCCUGGUGAAAGGGUCUCUUAUUAUGCGUCAAGAGUGGGGCGGGGGCAUGGAGGCACCUGGAGCAGAGUGCGUGCCCAGAUGUGCCCGAGAGAUGUUUCUCUGAUAAGGUCCCUAAUCAUGCCAGAGAGACGAGUUAGGAGGUAGAGGCCUGCUGGCCUGUCUGCCUGUCUGAGCUGGUGCCGCAGCUUUACAGAGAGCCCAGCUUUACAGAGAGCCGCCCUGGGCCUCAGCUGACCACGUGCACAGCCCCCAGCUCCAAAACACUACUGUAACUACCUACUCAAUAAAGCCCAGGGGCACAUG